AAACGGAACUCGCGCGUGCGCAGUUGGACUCGCGUUUGUUGUCUUAACCCAGUUACCGUGUCUGCUGCUCCGUCUCGGUCAUAACUACCAAAUACACGUCGCAGUUAUGUAGCACGCAGAAGGAGGAGGACUUCCCCCCGCGGUGACGAGCCGACGUGAGCUCACGUUACCUCUCCGGUCCGCCCGUGGAGCCACUGCGGCUGUCACCCAGCUAACUGGCGGACGAACUGAGCUAGCUUAGCUGGCGGACUAACUGAGCUAGCUGGCGGACUAACUGAGCUAACUAGCUGGCCCGACGCGAUGUGCUGCCGCGUGUUUCUCUCUCACGUCUGAGGCUCACAGAGUCGUUGCGUGUGUGUGUGUGUGUGUGUUUGUGUGUGUGUGUGUGUGUGUGUGUGUGAGAGCAGCCGGAAACCCCGCGCGGCCCCCUCCGCAUGCCGUCGUCCAGCUAAGAUGUGGCAAAGCGUCGGGCUCACGCUGCUGGUCAUCGUGGCCACGCUCGUCUGUGCGCUGCUCUUCAUGCUGUUCGGUUGGUAUGUCGUCUGGCAGCUCUUCCUGUCCAAGUUCAAGUUCCUGCGUGAACUCGUCGGGGACGGCAGCACCCCUCAGGCUGAACCGCAGCCGUCCGAAACCAAGAGCGAGCGCACCGCGGGCACCACGACGCGAAAUCGGCCCCGGACCGCACGCCAAAGAGUCACCUCUCCGGAGAGCACUUCAUAGAUGGCCGACCGCGUGUUCCCUCCUCACAACCCCGAUCGCAAACGACCCACAACUGUCAGAAGGCGCUUCCCACCGAGCCCUGCGCGCUCUACACUACGCAAGGAGCUUGUGUACACUCAGCCCGCCUCCUCACCGAGACACUUUAAACCGCCCAGGCAGAUCGCCUGGCUUCAAAGGGAAAAGCCAUUACUGUCACCUGUUCACAUAAUCAUGUCCGGAGCAGCGAGCCUGGUCCUCCCGUUUGCCACGCUGCAUCCUGCCGCCCGGCGUGGAGUGUGAGGACACUCCAUCACGCAAAGAGGGAUGCGUAGACUCUCUUUAACACACACGUUUUAAUCUUGUGUUUUUAAAAAGAAUGGAGUCCUACGUAAGGCAGAUAAAUGUAAAAAAGAAGGAAGCGCUCGUUUGCAACAUUUCAACAAGAACAACUGAAGACUAAGUGAAGCGCUGAUUUGUACAACUGACAUUUUUCUUUUUCUUUAACAGAAAUGAAUGUGCGUGCUGUCGUUUAGUUGUUUCUCGCACCGCUGGCUCCGGCGUACGACCAUCCCCGAGGUGACCGGCCAGUAGAUAACGGCUAAAGCCUCCGAGACGAAAGAGAGCGAAUAACUUUAUUCCAGUUGUGUAAAAUGUGACACCUUUUUUUUUCUUGCAACUUCUCUUUCACCAUCUUUUUUUAAUUUUUUUUAUUAGAUUUUAUAGAUUUGUACUUGAAGAGGAGACAGGAGAACGUUGGUGUUUAAUACACAAUGUCGGCUCAGCCUGCACCAGUGCCGGUCAAGAUGGCAUCCACUGUUUGUUUGGUUUCUAACUACGGGGCAAAUCAAUGCUGACCUAAUCAAUAUUUCUGUAUUAUUCUCCCUCCAAGUAAAACUCAUGUAACAUGCACCUUUUUGUUUUUAAUCAGCACUGAUUUUCUUUUCUUCAUUGGAGCAGUAGCUUCAAAUAAAUGAUGCCAUGAA